AUGGCUCACGCCGUUCCACCUACUCAAGCCGCGAAACCAAUCGCAGCGAACGUGGAGGAGCAAGUCAUAAUGGUCACCGACGCUCAGAAACCUAGACCUGGAUGGCCCCAUGCAAAUGAUCCUUUCACUCAACACGACAUUUGGAGUGACGGCGAUAUCAUCGAACUCACGAUCAUUCGUCUUACUGUGGCCGAAUCAGGACUGAACGACGAAGAAUUCGGCAAAGUCGCUGCAGGCAUUGCUCAGUUUUGUAGGGAAGGUCUUCGCGAUAACAAAACAAGGCACAUCACUACUGGAGAAUUUAUUGAAGGUUGGCAUUACAUGAAAGAUCCCGAGAAUCUUAGUCUCCCACAAAAUCCCUACAAAUCAUGGCGACGCGCGUGCGAUGCCUUUUCAAGCGGUACCAAGGGCGAGCCUUACGACUUUGAAGCUUCGCCAAAUGAAGUCAGUUUAACAGACUUCAAGAAACACUGUGAAGACUCCAUGGUGGAGACACUUCGACGAACAGCAGACACCCAUGUCGUUGACAACCUUAGGGGGUGUAUCAAGAGGUCUAUCGAUGAAAUGAGUGAAGGCCGCCUGGACGAUCAUAGGCCUCAUCGCGGAGAUUGCAAGCUUCAUUAUCAAAACGGUUCACAUUCUGACGGUCAUAGACACACUGGCUCCGGACAUCGGGAGGGCGGGGAAUGCUCACAGUGGAUGAAGGCCCGACACACAUGA